GUUGCUGUGGUGUUUAGCUGUGACCUCCGCUGUGGAUAAGAUCACAAACCUCGGAAAGCCAAGAAUAAAGGUGAAGGACAGCCGUUUUAGCUCGAGGUCACAGAGCAGCGCAGGUGAUUAGGAUGCACGUGUACCUGACUGGGCAGCGGCAGCAAGGAGUUGCCGAUCCAAAGGCCUGGCUCAGGAGUGAUCCUGUGCCACCUGUACCAUCAAGAUCAAGAUCAAGACCCUGGUAACUGACUGUAUAUUGUCACCAACCCUUUUUAGCCUGUAUACAGAGGAGCUAGCAGCCAGGAUGAGAAGAAUGAAUGUUGGGGUAAGUGUGGGGAAUGAUAAAGUAUGUGUGCUCCUUUAUGCAGAUGAUGUAGUUGUUAUGAGUGAAUCGGCAGAUGAGCUUCAAAGUUUGUUGGAUGUAGUGGAUGGCUAUGGUAAAGACUUUGGAGUAAGGUUUAGCAGUGAGAAAAGCAAAGUAAUGAUUGUGAAUAGAUCAGAGGAUGAAAGUAAUGUGGUAUGGAGACUUGGAGAGAAUGAGUUGAGACAGGUGCAAGAAUACAAGUACUUAGGGAUGUGGAUGAGUCCUAGUGGGUGUGCAAAGGCAAAGAAUGAAAAGAUAAGUAUGCUAAACCAGUGGGUAGGUCGAUUGGGAAGCGCGGCAAGGAUGAGAGCAAGUAAGUAUGAUGUGUUGAGAGAAGUGUGGAAGAGUGUGGCUGUGCCAUGUAUAAUGUAUGGUAUGGAUGUGAUUGCAUGGAAUGAAAGUGAAAUUGAUAAGUUAGAAGUGGGCCAGAACAAAGUAGCAAGGAUGGCACUGAGUGCACCGAGGUGCACAGCAGUUGAAGCCUUGAGAGGUGACAUGGGAUGGAGCACCUUCAGAGAAAGACUGACAAAAGCCACACUUAGGUACAAGAUUAGGCUUGAGAGAAUGGAUGAUGCAAGAAUAGCAAGGAAGGUGUACCUGUGGAAUGAAAGUGGAAGCAAAUGGAGGAAGAGAUGCAUGAGAAUGACAGACAGGAAUGGAUUGCAAGUUGUGUGGGCGAUAAGAAUGGCUGGUAGGAAUCAAAAUGAGCGUGAAUGGGUGGUAACAAGAGGAGGAAGAGUGGGAGCCGAAUGGGAUGUGAGAAAAUGGAAGAAUGAGAUAGACAAAGAAGUGAAAUGUGUGGGACUGAAUGAAUGGAAGAAUGAGAUGGAAAGAAAGAAGACCCUGGAAUGGUACAAGGAGAAAGAGGCCCCGAGGUAUGAAAGGUGGUAUGAUGGAAGCCUGGGCGGUGAUCUUCUCUUCCGAGCGAGGGCACAGUGUAUGGAUGUGAAUGCAAGGAGUUACAGGUGGUCUGAGUCCCGCAGCAAAGUGUGCCAGAUGUGUGACAUGGGAGAGGAUGAGACGGUGGAACAUGUGGUGCUGGAGUGUGUGCAGUAUGCCAGAGACAGGAAUGAGAUGAUGCAAGUGAUACUGACUGAGUUAGGGCAUGAUAGGAAUGAAAGAGUGGAGAAGACAGGAAAGGAAUGGAUGGUGUUGUUGCUGGGACUGUGUAGAGAGGCGAAUGAAAGGAUGAUUGAGGCGGUGAAAGAGUUUCUGGAGAGAAUGUGGCGUGCCAGGUGUAUGAACAAUUAG